AUGGCUUCUCAGUCAAAGCCGGCUACUUUAUCGCCAUGGGGCAAAGCUGUUGCCGGCGCCACGGGCGCCGUACUGGCCAACACGCUGGUCUAUCCACUUGACAUAGUCAAGACGCGUCUCCAGGUACAAGUCAGGUCGCAAAAGUCAGACACCGAGAUCGAUCCGAACGAACCCGUCGAGCCGCACUACUCGUCUACAUGGGAUGCUAUCAGCAAGAUUGUCGCAGAUGAUGGCGUCAAGGGUCUGUACUCGGGCAUGGGCGGCUCUCUCCUCGGCGUUGCGUCCACCAAUUUUGCCUACUUUUACUGGUACUCCGUCGUGCGCACCCUCUACCUGCGUUCGGCAAAGACGACGGCAGCCCCGUCAACCUUGGUUGAGCUCAGCCUUGGCGCAGUCGCUGGUGCCGUCGCCCAGCUCUGUACGAUUCCCGUGGCCGUCAUCACCACGCGCCAGCAGACCCAGCGCAAGACGGAACGCAAGGGUUUUGUCGACACGGCCCGGGAGGUCAUCGAAGGAGACGAUGGUGUGUUCGGAUUGUGGAGGGGGCUGAAGGCUAGUUUGGUACUCGUCGUCAACCCCGCCAUAACGUACGGCGCCUAUGAGAGACUGAAGGAGUCUUUCCUACCGGGCAAGAACAACUUGAGGCUCUGGGAGGCAUUCCUACUGGGAGCUGCCUCCAAGGCCCUAGCAACCAUCGCCACGCAGCCGUUAAUAGUUGCAAAGGUAGGCCUGCAGUCCAGGCCGCCCCCGGAGAGGAACGGGAAGCCUUUCAGCAGCUUCGUCGAAGUCAUGAACUUCAUCAUCGAACGCGAGGGUGUCCUGGGCCUAUUCAAGGGUAUUGCGCCACAAAUUCUCAAGGGCUUCCUGGUGCAAGGCAUCCUGAUGAUGACCAAGGAACGCAUGGAGCUCUUGUUCAUUCUUUUCUUCCGUUAUCUCAAGACACUUCGCACAAAGCAGUUGCAGAAGGUCGCCCAGACCGCUGCCGCGGUCGAGUCCAAGAACUCCUCGCAGCACAACCAGUCGCGCAAGGCGCACCGCAACGGCAUCAAGAAGCCCAAGACCUCGAGAUACCCGUCGCUGAAGGGCACCGACCCCAAGUUCCGCCGUAACCAUCGUCACGCUCUGCACGGCACCAUGAAGGCCCUGAAGGAGCUCAAGGAGGGCAAGCGCGAGACGGCAUAG